AUGCCGCGCCGCUCCACUCUCGCUGACAAGGUCGAGCUCGACGUCCUGCUCAAGGCAGCCAUGAUCGACUACGAGGACCGCAGAUACUUCCCUCUCACCGCCGCCACCGUCCACGAUCUCUCCCCCUUCUGGAAGGGAUCAAAGCCAGUUUCCGAAGUUGGCAUCUUCAACCGCAUCAUGAUUGACAAGGAAGUCAAUGCCAUUCACGCCGAUCACGUCGUUGCCGCGCUCAAGCGCAUCGGUGAGCAUUGCCACCACCUCGUCAUUCUGGCACCAAUUCAGACUUCGGAGCUGGGCAAUGUCUUUGCCCGUGAAGAAGGCAACAUCUAUCCCGGAAACGACUGGGACCACCUUCUCCGCUUCUUCCCCGCCCUCACACACCUCGUCUUCAUCCACCCCAAGCACAUCCCCUUUGGCCUCUCCAUCAACUCCCUCGACUCCCUCCGAGCCGCUGUCGCUCGCCGCCAGGCUGUCCGCGCUUUCAAGGAGGUGUCCAUCAGGGUACCUUCUGCUCUCCUCGCCGCGACCGCCCACAGUGGUUGA